GCCCCGGGACGCGUUUUAUUCCGUUGUUUUUACCGGAGCUUUCUAUUGUUGUUACAACCGGCUAGUCGGUUAGCUUCACGUUAGCUAACGCGAUCUAAGCUAAUUACCCUCCCGUUGCUUCACGCGCACAUAACGUCGGUUUAACUAACGGCUUAACUCAGUAACGGUUUAACUCACUAAUGGUUUAACUUACUAACGGUUUAACUCACUAAUGGCUUAACUCACGAAUGGUUUAACUCACUAACGGUUGUAGCUUUAACACAUGAUAUAUAUAUAUAUAAUAUAUAUUAGGGCUGUCAGCGUUAACGCGUUAAUCUAUGCGAUUAAUUUGGCCGCGUUAACGCACUAAAAUAUUUUAACGCAAUUAACGCAACUUUGUUUACUUCCGGUGUUCGUUGAAGUUUUUACACUCCUCUGAGUGUUAAACCGCGGCAGUACGGUUUAACACUGUUUCCGUUAUUUAAAAAAAUAUUUCUCAGCGAAAAUAAGGAGCAUAAAUCAGUUUAACUCGUGGAUGAAUCAGUCGGGUUUCCUCCUGCUCCUCCUUCCUCCCGUCUCCCCCUCUGAUACACAGAGGAACGGAGGGCGACGUGUCGGGUGACGCGGCGCGGAAAGAACUCGUCACACGAAACCUUCACCGUGAUUGGUCAAUCCGUUUGUCUGUCAACAUUUUCCAAAAAAAACAACCAAUGAACACUCAGUAAAUCACAAGGACCUCCCACCUCACAGCUGGUCGUGAUUAUGUCAUUGUGAAGAUGGAGGCUCCUGAAUACCUGGACCUGGAUGAGAUCGACUUCUCCGAUGAUGCAGUGUAUUCUGUGACGUCUCUGAAGAACAUCCCUGAGUUGUCCAGGAGGAGUGACGGUGCAGCCGAGGACCGGCCAGCUCCUGCCAUCAACUGGAGUCGCAGCGCCUCCUCCCAUGGCGGUGGUGGCGGCGGCAGCGUUGGCGGCGUGGGUAUCAAACCCACGGGGCUCCCCGAGGCCCACAGUAAGUUCCGGCCCGUGAAGAGGGUCUCGCCCCUCAAACACCAGCCGGAGACCACCGACUCGGACUCGGAGGGCAAAGUCCAGGAGGGGCAGGGGGAGGCCGGCAAGGAUGAGCCCGCCUCCUCUGACAAAACGGCCGCAGGCGCCUCCGACGGGCCGGGGGGGGGAGAAACCAAGGGGGAGAGCGGAGACCCCCAGGCUCUCUUCGGCGAGCUGGAGCACUACGACCUGGACAUGGACGAGAUCCUGGACGUGCCCUACAUCAAGUCCAGCCAGCAGAUGUCCACGCUGCCCCGCGUGGCCCACGACAAGCGCUCUGUAACGGGGAGCAGUCGGGGAGGAGGAGGCACCCUGGAGAGGAGAGGAGCAGGAGGAGCAGGAGGAGGAGAAGGAGGCCUGAAGAGCUCGACGUUGCCCCACAGCGAGCCUCUGAGCCUGGGAAGCAGCAGCUCACAGGCUCAGUACUGUGUUCGGUCUCCGGUGAAGUGGUCUGACCUGAGGAAGUCCAAGUCCAUGGAUCCAGACCUUCACCUCCUCCAGCGCUCCUCGGCCGGGGGAGGCUUCCAGUCGGAGCUGCUCCCCUCGGGCCUCCUCAGCUGCUCCUCCUCCCUCUCCUCCUUCUCUGAUGCAGACAAGCUGCUGUCGGCUCGCGUCUACCCGGAUGCCCAGAACCAGAACCAGAGGCCGGGCCUGGAGCCCCCAGGAGGCCCCGGGACCACGUUCCCCAUGGCGGGGGGCAGCGUGGGCCGGCAAGACGCCUCCAGGCCCUGGGCUCCUGGGGGAGGAGCAGCAGGAGGUGGUCCGAGGGGGUUCGGAGGAGUUGAGGUGGACGAGGAGACCAAGAAGAACCAGAACAUCAUCAACAUCAUCCGAGACGGACAGAUCUCUCUGCUGCCUCACCUGGCGACGGACAACCUGGAGCUGAUCAGAGACCCGGAGGGGAACAACCUGCUGCACGUGUCGGCCUGUCACGGCCACGCCGACUGUCUGCAGCACCUCACGUCCCUGAUGGGGGAGGACGGCCUCAACGAGAGGAACGCCAUGCAGCUCACGCCCGCCGGGCUGGGGGUCAAGAACGGUCACCUGGAGUGUGUGAGGUGGAUGGUCAGUGAGACGGAGGCCAUCGCUGAGCUGAGCUGCUCCAGAGAACAUCCCAGUCUGAUCCACUACGCUGCCCGCUACGGACAGGAGAAGGUCCUGCUGUGGCUGCUGCAAUUCAUGCAGGAACAGGCCAUCUCCCUGGACGAGGUAGACCAGACCGGGAGCACCGCGGUCCACGUGGCGGCUCAGAACGGACACCUCACCUGCAUACAGACGCUGGUGGAGUACGGAUCCAACGUGACGGUGCAGAACCAGCAGGGGGCGCGGCCUUCCCAGAGUGCCGAGCGGCACGGACACACCACCUGCGCCCGCUACCUGGUCGUCGUGGAGACCUGCAUGUCUCUGGCGUCGCAGGUCGUCAAACUCACCAAACAGCUCAACGAACAGGCAUCAGAGAGGACGACCCUCCAGAAACAGCUGCAGAGACUGAUGGACCCCCACAAGACUGAGGGCACACCGUCCAGAUCCCCCAGCUCCCAGCAGCAUUCUGGGGAGGCGUGGCCAGAGAUGAUGUUGACUGCGGAGGGGACGCCAGGCGACGGUUGGUCGGUCCACCAGGUAGGCGUGGCCCCGGAUUCGUCGGACACGCCCUGUCCCAGGCUGGCGGCGGCGCCGUGCGGCCCGGGGGCCUCGGCGGUGGCGCCGGGGGCCCGGCGGACGGAGCUGGUGGAGCGGCGAGAGCUGAAGCUGGCGAGACUCAAGCAGAUCAUGCAGCGCUCGCUCAGCGAAUCGGAUUCGGACGUUUACCCACCGGAGGACGGCAAAACCCCGGGGGCGUCAGCCUGUAACACUCUGCGCCCCGAUAGGCCGACCCACCUGCCAAUCGCGGAGGAGGAGCCGGCGGUGACUAAGAACCUCCCCUGCUCCUCUUCCUCCUCCUCCACAGGCGAAAAGAAGCCGGCGUUUCCUCUCAGCGGGUCCAGGUCGGCGGACGGCGUCGCUCACGACCCCUCCCCCACCUCCAGCGACCCGGAGGCGCCUGACGCCGCCGCCACCAGCCCCAAGAGCGCCCUGAAAUCGCCGUCGGCCCGCCGGAAGACGUCCCAGACCCUCAAGCUGAGGGUCACCUUCGACGAGCAGGUGCACAAGAGCUCCAACCCGGAGGCGGAGCUUACCGCCAAGGUGCAUCAUGGGAAGGAGAGGACGCAGACGGGCGGCGGCUCGGAGGGCCGGCGCCCGUUCGGGGCGUUCCGCUCCAUCAUGGAGUCGCUGAGCGGCAACACGAACCACAACAACAACAACAACAACAGUCAGACGGCCGCCGCCUGUCAGAACUCACCUGGCAGGAAGUCAGAGAGCAGAGGGGGCGGAGCCAAGGUGAAGAGCAAAAGCAGCAACGUUUAACAGACCAGUGGAGACGACGUGAGGAAGGAACACGUCAACGUGUUUUUAAGUACGGACUAAAACGUGACCCGGUGUUUUACAGGUGAGUCAUCAACCAAUCAGGUUUCAUCAUGUUGAACCUCUCAAACUUCAAAGUCUUCAGGAAGGACCCAAAUGAAGUUAUUUAUAAUAAAUGAAUAACAACUGUAAGAAAAAAGUAAAAUUAGCAAAAUGAAAUGUGUAAAAUCAGAUUAUUUAAUUAUAAGACAUAAUAUUUAAAAAAUGUCUCGAUUUAUUAAAUUGUGUCAGCGCCCAAAAUAAUAAAUGAAACCAGAUUAUUAAGUCAUUUAUAACCUUCAUAACUUUUCUACCGAAAAGUUUCUCGUGUUUUGACGAAAACAGGAACUCUUGUUUCCUUGUUGACUUUUAUUGUGUUUAAAUGUUUUCAUUGACACAUUAUUAAUAACUUUCACAUGUUUUUAUAUUUUAUUUUGUGAUUCAGUGUUUUUUGGUCUCUUCAAACAAACCAAAACAAAUCCAUCUAAAUGGAGAUUAAAGUAUUAAUAUUUAUGUGGUUAAAACCGUGCACAUGGUUAACGUGCACCAGCACUCCUUCUCAAACUACUGUGUGUGUGUAGAUAUAUAUAUAUAUAUAUAUAUAAAGUAUUUGUUUUUGCAUCAUACCACACGCCUGUGUCACGUUAUUGUCUAUGGCAUUAAGUAGUGUAGUGGCGUUUUAAAGACAUUUACCGGUGGAGCAUUACUAUUAUAUUUAAUCACAAUAAAACGCUCUCGCAUUA